AUGGUGCUCCGUGCAUGUCAGGAGCUUUGCGAGCAUCUGAACGCGGAAGGCCUGAAGCUUCUACACUCUGACUCCCCGGACGAAGCUCUCAAGCUCCUUCGCAAAGCUGAGAUCCUAGCGAGCAACGCCAAGGCCGAGUCAGAGAUGCACUCACCCGUGGAGGCUGUAACCUACAACAACAUCGCCUGCUGCCUCAAGAGAAAGGGAAAGCUGCGAUCGGCUCUCCGCUACCUUGAAGUAGCCCGGCAGAUCGAAAUUGCUUGCGGGGACAGCGCUGCAGACCCUCCAGGGACGAUGCUCAACUUGUGCGCGGUCCUGUCAGACCUUGGCAGACACGACGCGGCGCUUUCGCAAGCGCAAGCAGCAGCGGAGUUGCUGCAACACCAGAUCGACUUGGCUGACAGUGAGAGCCAGCAGACGGCCAGCAAGAGGAGAGGGAAGGGAAAGAGCGUCAAGAUGCAGCUCUCCCUCCUGGCGGUGGCCUAUCACAACAUCGGGGUUCAGCAUGAGCAUAGGGGUGACCUGCCAGCGGCGAUAGACGCAUACUCGGAAGGGAUGCUGAUCGCAAAGUACGGGGGAGAAGAGAGCGGAAGCUUGCUCGUGAAGCUCAAGCAGUCACAUGCAGAAGCCAACAGCCGACUGAAGACGUUGGAAGCCCGUCGGCCUCAUCUUCAAAGUUCCUCUAGCGGGUGA